AACGAUAGCAAUUUCAAUGGAAAUGAAACAAAAAGUGUCUAAAUGAAUACAUAUGCAUACAUAUGUAUGUGCAACAACAUUUGCAAAUCUUUGUUUAUAAUAGCUGACGCUUAUGGAUUUUAUGGUGGUAAAUAGAGCGAGAAAAUCUAGAAGCCAAGCGCGUUUUCAAUUCGGCAAUACGUUUUGAGCUAAAUACCCCGAAAAGUCUGCUGAACGAACGGUUUGUGGAAUCCAAAAACCAAAUCCGAUUCGCACAAUGUCCGAUGGAUCACCGCCUCCAUCGAUUUGCUUUAUCCGUGCCGCCGAAUCGUAUCCAAAGUCACAAAUGGAGAAGGAAGACUCCCAGCUGUUCGUUCCGUUUCAAGAGUUGGCCGGCGAAUCGAUUAAGUACCUGGGGCGCACGGAUGAUGGUAUCCUCGCCCUGUCCAAUUAUCGGAUAUUCCUCUCCAAGCAGUCAACCGGCUACGAGACCUACGUUCCACUGGGCUUAAUCGAAUCCGUUCAGGUGCGAGAUUUGUUCCAGCUGAUUGUCAAUUGUAAGGAUGCCAGCACUGUGCGCUGCUCCUUUCCGUCGGCGGAACAGUGCUCCGACUGGCAGCGGCGGAUCCAUCUGAUGAUCGGGGUUCCCGAGUCACUGGAGACACUCUUCGCCUUUCCCUUCUACUCCUGGACCUGCGAUGUGCUCGGAAGUGGCAAUGGAAGCGGUAUCGUUAGCGCCCAGGCCAACGGAAACGGCCUGAUUGCCAAGGAUCGUUGCCUAACGCUACACAAUGGCUCGGCGAAGCCCACAGCCAACGUCACAGCGUCGAAUCCUCUGCCCGAUCCUGCCAGCGAGACCACCUCAGCCGCCAUGAGCAAUCGCCUGCAACGAUCCGUGCGCUAUGAAAGCGACUUUAAGAACGAGGUGGCCCGCUUGGGAUUCGAUCUGAAGGGCUCGUGGCGCAUCUCCACGGCCAAUGCCGAUUUCAAGCUCUGUCCCUCGUAUCCACCCAAAUUGCUUGUGCCCUGCUGUAUCACCGACGAGAUGCUCCACAACGUUGCCAACUUCCGGGGAUCGCGAAGGCUGCCGGCUGUCGUCUGGCGGCACCAAAAGUCGGGCGCCAUCUUGGCCCGAUGCAGCCAGCCGGAGGUCGGUUGGCUCGGCUGGCGCAACACAAGGGACGAGCAGCUACUCAAGGCACUCGCCGAUGCCUGUGCCUUUGACAGGGGCGAGCACGCCAGGCAUUCCACCUGCGCCAAUGCAAAGGCGCAACCAACAAAGGGCUCCAAAGAGACCAACGGCCAGUCGGGCUUAUCCGGCAAGAGUUCACCAUCUCUGGACGAUUCCUCGCAUGAGGAACUCACGCUGGAUGAAAUCAAGAAAAUCCUCAUUGUGGAUGCUCGCAGCUACACCUCCGCAGUUACAAACCGUGCCAGAGGCGGCGGCUGUGAGUGCAUCGAGUACUAUCCCUGUGCCGAGAUUGAGUUUAUGAACUUGGGCAACAUCCACGCCAUUCGAAAGAGUUUCCAUGCUGUCCGCCAGCUUUGCGCGUCAUCGCCCGACGAUCCAAACUGGUACGGACAACUGGAGAAGACCAUGUGGAUGCAGCAUCUGUCCGGCCUGCUGGGAGCCACCAUGACCGUUGUGCACACCAUCGAGAAGAAUGGACGGCCCGUCCUUGUGCAUUGCUCUGACGGCUGGGAUCGCACUCCACAGAUCGUGGCCACGGCGCAAUUAUGUUUGGAUCCCUACUACAGAACGGUUGAGGGGUUCCGCGUUCUUGUCGAGCGUGAAUGGCUAAACUUUGGACACAAAUUCGCCGAUCGCUCUGGAAAUGGUCCCAAUUCCGAUGAAGUUAACGAGAGAUGUCCAGUUUUUCUGCAGUGGCUUGAUCUUGUGCAUCAAAUACACAGGCAGUAUCCAUGCAGUUUUGAGUUCAGUAUAAGCUAUUUGAUCAAACUGGCGCAACAUUCGUUGUCCUGUCUCUUCGGCACGUUCCUAUGUAAUUCGCUCAGAGAACGCAUCGAGAAUUCAGUUUUCGACCGAACGUUUUCCGUGUGGCCAUUUUUAGCGGAAACUAUGUAUAGAAAUCCUCUCUAUAAGCAUGAGACUGAAAAGGUUCUUUGGCCGGCGCACAGUGUGCGGUUUUUAUAUUUUUGGUCUGAUGUAUACCUUGGUAGUUUAGGCAACAAAAAUGGAACUGAUCUUCCAUUACUAAGUAAUGAAAGACAGAGCGGACACAAUGGCCUGAUGGCGAAGACACGAUCUUCUGAAGACUUAACAACGAAUGAGUUGGGACAGAGCACCAUUUCCAGGAGGUCCAGUGAUCCCAACCUAACCGUUGAAUCCAUUGUUACAGAUUGUUUCAAUGCCAAUAGCAACUCGAUGUUUGACAUACGAUCUGAGGCCAACAACAGUGUUAGCGAAAAUGUCCCAGAAAGUGUUAAAGACUCCAAAGAAGUAGAGCUGGACGUGACGGAUGCAACUGAAGUAGGUCCAUGUGGCCGUUCAAAUAAUCCCAUUCCAGAUUUCCAUAACGACCAAAGUACAGCUUCUAACCGUGAUAUAUUGGAAGUGGAAUCACAAACGCAAAGGCGGAGUUCCUUGGUGUCGUCCUCACAGCUGAUCCCUGGGCCUGUCUUCAUUUUUGGCUCAUCCGAAAACGAUAAAAAUGCAGUUCCUUCGGAAUCUGAAGAAUCCUUGGCGACCUCACAGAAACUAAACCCCGAAUCUGGGCGACCUUACUUCAUUUUUGGUUCAUCCGAAAACGAUCAAAGUCCAGUUCCUUCAAAAUCUGAAGACACAAGUGAUAUUUGUCGCGCCCUAUGGCAUGGCGCAAUUGAAACCAGCACUGAUACCCUUAUUUCUGCGGAGCCCGUACAAAAACCGAACAGCGACAAUAGCAGUAGAGAUCACAUAACACCGCCCACAAUGGAACUGGUCAGUGGCGAUAGAAAGCUGGAGUCGACUACCACUGUCCAAGCCAGUAAAAUCAGUCAGAGCUACAAUAAUUUGCCCAAGGUACACAUAAGACCGAAUGCCGUGAUAUGCUCGCAGCGGGUAGACGCUUUUCCGCAUCACCUGGACCUACAAGUGCCAAGGGAGACGACGGGAAAUCCGGACCGUUGCAAGCCGGAAAAGUUAGCCAAAGAUGCGAAUGCGAAUGCCAAUGCCAACGGAUCCCUGCUGACAUCCGAUGGCUGCAACGGCGAGGAAAGUCUCUUUAUAUCACCCGACCUGCAGCGGUUCGUGGGUCAGUCGCCAUUCGAUGCUCCCUCGGCGGGCGGACGAAUACGACGAAAUACCUUCGGAUCGAGCUACAGUCGCGACAUGAAGUUCACAGCAGAAAAUGGCAGCGCACACCAAUUCCCGUCGUCGGGGAUCAUUUCGUUGCCCCCAACACCGUUUCAGGAGAGGGCGCAGUUCACUAUAUCCUGUCCAGAUGGCCUGGCUCACGGACUCAGCGAACAAAACAUAAGACUCCACCAAAUCGUACAAGAACACAAGCUACGUGAGGAAAUGCUACUGCGAGAAAUACACGGUAUGCGACUGGCGCUGUUGGAAAAAGGUUGCCCCAGCUGCAACAGCAUCGUUUCGACCAAUAUGGAACAUGAAAAUGGAUCGGAUAUCGUUGAAAAUGCUUCAACAUGUUCCUGGGAGGCCGUCGAAGAACGUAGCGGUCCCGCCUCGUAUGCCCCUUCCUCGAUCCAAGAGAAAAAAGCGUCCAGUGUCCUCUGGGUACCAGACCAUGCUGUUUCGCGUUGCUCUAGUUGUCAAACUGAGUUCUGGCUUGGACGAAGAAAACAUCAUUGUCGAUCUUGUGGAGAAAUUUUUUGUGCUGACUGCUCGGAGUUUUGGGCGCCGUUGCCAAACGAAAAGCUUUUUAACCCAGUUAGGCUAUGUGGAUCCUGCUACACGAGCGUCACAACCAAUGUCCAGGAGUACGCUGCGGUACCUGCAGAAUCCCAGGCGAAGGACGAUGAGACGUCUUCUGCGAAUUCCUAA